AUGCUCCCACGAGUCAUAAGGAUUUUGUAUGCCUUGUCUUUUUGCUUUUUCCAGGGGAGCUUCAUCAGACCAGGCUCCUGUAAAGAAGAGAUAAAGUCUCCCAGUAGGCCGGCUGCUAAGCCUAUGUCCCCAUCUGACUUCCUGGACAAGCUCAUGGGAAGAACCUCUGGCUAUGAUGCUCGUAUCAGACCCAACUUCAAAGGUCCACCUGUAAAUGUCACCUGUAAUAUUUUCAUCAACAGUUUUGGAUCCAUCACAGAAACAACAAUGGAUUAUAGGCUGAAUGUGUUCCUACGGCAACAGUGGAAUGACCCCCGAUUGGCAUACAGCGAGUACCCAGAUGCUUCCUUGGAUUUGGACCCAUCCAUGUUAGACUCCAUAUGGAAGCCUGACCUGUUCUUUGCCAAUGAAAAAGGAGCCAACUUUCAUGAGGUCACAACUGACAACAAGCUGCUACGCAUCUUUCAGAACGGGAAUGUACUGUAUAGCAUUAGGCUAACACUCAUCUUGUCCUGUCCUAUGGACUUGAAGAAUUUCCCCAUGGACAUUCAGACCUGUACCAUGCAGUUAGAGAGCUUUGGCUACACCAUGAACGACCUGAUCUUCGAGUGGCUUCCAGUUGCUCCUGUGCAGGUAGCAGACGAUCUGACUCUUCCCCAGUUUGUGCUGAAAGAAGAGAAGGACCUUGGCUACUGCACCAAGCAUUACAACACAGGUAAAUUUACUUGUAUUGAGGUAAAGUUCCACUUGGAGAGGCAGAUGGGAUAUUACCUUAUCCAGAUGUACAUCCCCAGCCUGCUCAUUGUUAUCCUGUCCUGGGUGUCCUUCUGGAUCAAUAUGGAUGCUGCACCUGCAAGAGUGGGACUAGGUAUCACCACCGUACUUACCAUGACGACACAAAGCUCUGGUUCCCGAGCUUCUCUACCAAAGGUGUCCUAUGUGAAGGCCAUUGAUAUUUGGAUGGCAGUGUGUCUGCUGUUCGUGUUUGCUGCUCUGCUGGAGUAUGCAGCAGUCAACUUUGUAUCGAGACAACACAAGGAGUUCAUCAGACUCCGCAAGAAGCAGAGGCGGCAGAGAAUAGAGGAGGAGCUGGUCCGAGAGAGUCGCGGUUUCUAUUUCCGUGGUUACGGACUGGGUCAUUGCCUGCAAGCGAAAGACGGGACUGCCGUGGAAGGGUCCACUGUUUUUGCUCCGCCCCCUCCAAUAUCAACAAUGUACGAUGGAGAAGCAGUGCGGAAACGCUUCGUGGACCGAGCCAAACGCAUCGACACCAUUUCUAGAGCCGUCUUUCCCCUCAGCUUCCUCAUCUUCAACAUCUUCUACUGGGUCACCUACAAAGUGCUGAGACAUGAGGACAUCCAUGCAAACUUGUAA